AUGCGUAAGAAGACGCAGAAGACCUUCCAGGCUGGUGGCGUGGAUAUCUUCUUGAUGGCUGUAGAAGAAAGUCUGGGUGAUCUUCAUCGACUUCAGAUCUGGCACGACAACCAGGGCGGCGACGACAGGGCCUGGAAGCUAGAUAAAGUCAUCGUGCGGGAUCUGCAGUCAGGAGACACAAACAGCUUUCUCUGUAACCAUUGGCUGUCAUUGGACCGCGGGGACGGUAGAACCAACCGGAUUCUUCCUGCUUCAACAGAGCACGAUCUGUCGUCCUUCCAUCUUUUCACUACAAAGGCAGCCCGCGAUUUUAGAAAUGAGCACAUCUGGCUCUCCACCUUAUUCUGCCCCAGUGGAAGCCAUUUCAGUAAGGUCCAACGUCUCUCAUGUGGACUGUGUAUCAUUUACACCACCAUGAUUGCCAACGCCAUGUGGUACAAAACGGAAGACAAUGUGGAUCAGACGACAGUGGUGAAUCUUGGGAUAGUUUCCUUUACCCUUCAUGAGUUAUACGUCAGCACGAUGACGUCACUGUGUGUCCUCCCAGUAAACGUGCUCCUCAUCCAGCUCUUCAACCGGUGCAAAGAAAAGAAACAAACAGGCAAGAAUUCAGUGUAUGUUGCAGAGAAAGGAGACGCAAAAUCUUUGCUUUCAAAAACACGGUCAUCUUCCCAAUUUCUUCCCCAUGGGUUUGUGUACGUGGCCUGGUCAGUCCUGGUCCUUGUCUGCUGCGUAUCGGCGUUCUUCACCAUUCUCUACAGCCUGGAGUGGGGACCUGAGAAGGCAAACGCGUGGCUGAAGACAUUCUUGAUGUCCUUCGUGCAAGAUGUCUUUGUAGUUGAGCCAGUCAAGAUACUGGCUUUCUCUGCCCUGGUGUCGUUUAUCUGUAAGAAAGCCGCGGUGGUAUCGACGCAGGAUGACCACGUCAGACAAAACAUUGACGUGGAUGAUUCCAGUCCGUCAGAAGGCGGCCUGUUUGCCUGGAUAUCUCACCGUGCGACCAUGAGAGUGGCUAAACAGCAGCUACAUAUGGCUCUCUCGAAGCAUCACAAGUCGGAUGCACAAUCACAGAAAGAGCGAAAGAAGAAGGAAGAGACAAGAAAACAAACAGACAAUGUUAUACAAGAGGUUGUCGGCUUCUUCCUGAUCGUGAUGAUUCUGCUCGUGGUGGCUAAUGGCGGUACAAACGUCUACUCUCACCACGCCUACAACACUUUAGGUGGCAUCUUCCAAACGGACUUUGAUCAGAUCCAAACGGCGGAUGACUAUUGGUCGUGGGCGCGCGAUGUCCUUGUUCCGGGUCUGUUCCAGGAACAACAUUACAACGGUGAUAAAGUCGGUUGGAGACGUAAGCUUUUCGUCAGUGACGGCGUUUCUUACAGGAUCGGAGCCGCACGCUUCAAGCAGAUACGAGUUGAAUCCAGAUCCUGUGGUUUUCACCAGCGCUACACCAGCCUGUUCUUGAACCAGGAAUGCAACAGCGGGAACUCCUUCUCAGACGGGGAAAAGCGAGACUUUUUACCCGGAUGGAGACUCCUUUCCUCCUCCAAUUUGUCCGAAGAUUUCCAUGAGCAAUCCCCCUGGACCUACCAGAUUCCCGAGUCUGGUGGCGAGCUGCCCGUGAUGGCAGACAUUGCCACGUACGGCUCGGGAGGUUAUGUUGCCGGAGUAGGCAGAAACAAAGAUGCCGCCCUCGCUGUCAUCGCUGACCUGAAGGAAGCCGACUGGAUUGACCGCUAUACACGCACUGUCGUCGUGGAGUUCACGGUUUAUAACGCCAACAUCAACUUCUUCAGCACGAUGUCGUACACGGUGGAGUUCCUCAACAUGGGAGGGGCGGUGCCGUCCCGUUCUAUCCGGACCUACCGCUUACAUCGGUUCGUGGGCCCAGCUGGGUAUAUAAUCCUGGUUCUGCACAUCCUUUACGUGGCGUGUUUCCUGUACACGCUGUACAGGGAAGUAAAACUGAUGAAGGAACAAGGGAAAAGGUACUGCCGACAACCGUGGAACCUUCUCGAGAUUGUCAACAUCCUGGUUUCUUUCAGCGCCUUUGCCGUGUUUGCCGUAGACUACAUUACAUCAAGGCGUACCCUCAACAAGCUACUGCUUCAUCAUCAUGAGUCGUCGAAGUUCAUCAGCUCCGAUCUUGCUUCCUUCUGGAACCAGGUGUUUGUUUAG